GCCUCCGGAGGUGGGAUGACAGCCACCACCCCCUCCCAGCUCCCCGCUCCCGACCCGUUUGGCUCGGUCCCGGUGCCCGCGCCCCGCCCCCAACCUGACCGCACCCACUUCCCGGGCGGCGCCCCCGCCCGCGGGCUGACGUCACAGCACCCAGCCGCCGGCCGCCGCCGUGCGCACCCCGCGCCGCUCCGUCCCCGCCCGCGUCCCCGUCCCCCUCCGAGUCGCGUCCGCGCUGCAGCGGCGAAGAUGGCGAGCGCGGUGGCGCCCGGGUCCCCGGGCCCGGAAGGAUGCGCGGCGGCGCCCGAGGCGCAGGAGGAGCGGGAGGCCGCGGGCCGGGUGGCCGCCGCGGUGGCCGGGCUGCUCGGGGAGCCGGGGCUGUGGCUCUGCUGCCGCGCCCGCGAGCUGCUGAGCUGGGAGAGGCCGCUGCUCAGCCUGCUGGGCUUCGCCGGCGCCAACCUGCUGUUCUGGUUCCUCGCACUGACUCCAUGGAGGGUUUAUCAUCUCAUUUCUGUCCUGAUUCUUGGGCGUGUCAUUAUGCAGAUAAUAAAAGAUAUGGUUUUGUCUCGGGAAAGAGGUGCCCAGCUGUGGAGAAGCCUCAGCGAAAGCUGGGAAGUUAUCAAUUCCAAACCGGAUGAAAGACCCAGACUCAGCCAUUGCAUUGCAGAAUCCUGGAUGAACUUCAGUAUAUUUCUUCAAGAAAUGUCUCUUUUUAAACAGCAAAGUCCUGGGAAGUUUUGCCUCCUGGUCUGCAGCGUCUGCACGUUUUUUACGAUCUUGGGAAGUUACAUCCCUGGGAUUAUACUCAGCUACCUGCUGUUGCUGUUUGCAUUUUUAUGUCCACUGUUUAAAUGUAAUGAUAUCGGACAAAAGAUAUACAGCAAAAUCAAGUCCGUUCUGUUGAAACUAGACUUCGGAAUCGGAGAAUAUAUUAAUCAAAAGAAGCGUGAGAGAUCUGAAGCAGACAAAGAAAAAAGUCACAAAGAUGACAGUGAAUUAGACUUUUCUGCUCUUUGUCCUAAGAUUAGCCUUACGGUUGCCGCCAAAGAGUUAUCGGUGUCUGACACAGACGUGUCCGAAGUAUCUUGGACAGAUAACGGGACCUUCAACCUUUCAGAAGGAUGCACCCCGCAGACAGACACCUCCGACGAUCUUGACCGGCCCAGUGAGGAAGUUUUCUCUCGAGAUCUCUCCGAUUUUCCAUCUGUAGAAAAUGGUACAGGAACAAAUGAUGAAGAGGAAUUAAGCCUUGGAUUGCCCACUGAGCUCAAGAGGAAAAAGGAUCUGUCGGACAGUGGCCACAUACCGAGCAGAGAGAGGCCGUCAGCAGCUGGGCUCACUCUGCCUCUGAACAGUGACCAAGCCCUUCACUUGAUGAGCAGCCUGGCUGGGGAGGUCAUCACAGCUGCAGUGACGGCCGCCAUCAAAGACCAGCUAGAAGGGGCUCAGCAAGCCCUGGCUCCGGCCCCACCCAGCCCAGGGGAGGACACAGACACUGAAGAAGGGGACGACUUUGAACUGCUUGACCAGUCAGAGCUGGAUCAGAUUGAGAGUGAGUUGGGACUUACACAAGACCAGGAGGCGGAAGCACCACAAAGCAAGAAGUCAUCCGGCUUCCUUUCCAACCUCCUUGGCGGCCACUGAGCAGGGAAUGGAUUUGCAGCAGAGCACAGACAAACCACCAAAAAGUUUCAACCGAGCAAAAAUUUAAAAAAAGACAAAAAAAAAAAGUGGGAAAAAUUUGAACUGUAAGCUUUAAUGAUUAUUUUAGAUUUUCUUUGUUUUAUUUUCCCUUCUGCGGUGAAUUCAUUGGACAUACAUCAGCUGACACUGAUAGUUUGAUAUUUCUGAUAGUUAUUUUUAUGUAAUAAGCAUGGAAAUGAACUUCAUAUACAUAUAUACCAUAUUGUCAGAAAUAGGAGUUGUUUUUGAAGCAAAAAUGAAAAAAAAACCCCAAACACCAAAUUAUUAAGAUCCUUCUACAAGUAUUAUAAUUAAUUUUCAAGCAUGCAAAAGUUUAUUAUAACUCACUGAAAAUAUUAACAGUUAAUUGUGCUUACAUGCUCUAUCAGCUCCCUUGUUCCUAAUACUUGGAAAUAAUUUUUUUAAGACUCAUAAAUUUAGAUGUAAAAAGACAGAAGUUAUCAAAAUAUCUUUAAUUGAAGGACUUGGGAAAAUAUGAUCAAAAUUAAUUUGCUAGGAAAAAUUUUAAAACUUAAGAGCUACAGGUAGGCUAGGACAUUUCCAUAUUCUUGAGGCAGUUGUAGAUGUACACAUACUUGGAAAGUUGUGUACUUUCUGCCUCCUCUAGUCUUGUGUCAGGUGGUCCUAACCCAGAGAAGGCAAGUAGUUAACAUAUCACAUGGAUGGAGGUUAUGAUUACCCAGAGAUUCGGCUGGUUCGUUGUUUGUUUUUGUGCCUGUAAUGGGGACGCGAGUGCAGAUCUAUUGUGCUUACUUACACCUAAAGUUACAUGUUCGUGUUUCAUAUUGUGUCAUAGAAAAUAUCGCCUAAAAUUGUGAAACUAGUUACCGAUGUUUUAUGAAUGAUGUCAUCAUCUCAAUAAAGAAAUGAUAACUCAUUUUCUUAGCCUGUAUAGAUAGGAAAGAUAGCUGGCUUUAAAAUAUUUAUUUGGAAUUGAAGUCUGAAUAUGUAAUCUGUUUCUUAUGGGAAGCUGGAAUAUAUUUUCUUUCCUUUGCCUUAAACUUUUUUAGAUCGUCUUUUAAUAAUCAAAUUUGGCUUACAGUUUUUAACAAAGGACUAAAAAGCGGAAACUGAGAUAGUCUUGCUUUUAUGAUAUAAACUUUUAGUAGUAUUGAGGGACCAUGUCAGCAACUGUAAAAUAUUUCUUAAACCUUCAGGUAUAGCUGGCAUUUCUGCAGAUGCACAGACAUCUGGACCCUCAGAAAGGAAGGAUAAUCUAGGAAUAUAGGAAAUCUGUGUUCCCCUCCUUUCCCUUCAGCCCCUUUCUUACGUUUCUGAAGAAUACCUAUGGUAACUAAUGUUGUAAUGAAGCGUCUCUUAUUUAUUUUUUCUUUCUGAGGUUUUAAAUGAUCUAGACUGAAUUUGCCAAAUGUUAAAGGGAAGAAAGUUACUAAAGACUUUCAACACUUCCUUCUUGUGACUGACUCCACUUCUGUGUCGUUCGUGCCUCGUGACCUUGUUUGAUGUUUAUUGAUAUUAAGGGAGCCCGUGCCUUCAUUAUCUUGCCCAUUUUGGUAUAAACAUAAAUCUGUGUUAGAAAAUCUCCAAACUGUGGUUUUGGAAGGGUAUAUCUGAAUUCUUUUCAAUAAGAGUUUCUGAACAUGAGGGGGGAAAUACAAUCACAUAUUAAUAAAAUAGUCAUUACGAGGA